UAGGAGCUACUAGCUAUUCGUUGUCACAACCCCACUUGAUAAUGGGAGUAUUUGAUAAGGAUCUCUUCGUUAUUUACUGUUACAAAGCUGUCAAAAUUGGGUCGUCAAUUUAAUCUCAUUAGCCGCUCACAAGAUUAAUAGCAAAUACGUUAUGACUACAUGAUGUGCAUGAAUUUCGCAUGAUGUGCGUCAUGGUCAGAGUGGAACAAACGAAUUGUGUUUUGAUGAGAUCGAAUGAAUUCUGUCUGCCAAAAUGGAUGUCAUUCGUAAAAGACUUCGUGGUAUCAACGCUGCUACUAUUUUCCUGUCUUACCACAAACUGUUGAAUGAGUCGCCCCCGGGUCGGCGGCGGCACGAAGUCGUCUAUGAGACUGUGGUUGGGGAUUUAAUCCUAUGGCGCGCAGUCUUCACAGAAUGCCUAGCCGUGUUUCUCUUCGUGUUCUUGGCGGCUGGGUCGUCGGUGGCCUGGCCGGGGGGUAAUGCUCCCAGCAACCUCCACGUCUCGCUGUCUUUCGGUCUCGUCAUCGCAUCCUUGGUGCAUUGCUUCGGAGAUGUGAGCGGGGCGCACCUCAACCCCGCCGUGACGCUACCGCUGAUGUUCUACCGAGAGCUCAGCCUGGUACGCGGGCUGCUCUACAUCGUCGCGCAGUGUCUCGGGGGGUUUCUGGGCGCGGCCUUGCUCCGAGUGGCCACACCUACUGACCCACGGUAUGACACCACCCUGGGGUGUACCCUGCUUGGGGAGAAUGUCUCAGCUGGCCAGGGGUUUAUUGUAGAACUUGUUGCCUCCCUUCAGCUAGUAUUCACCGUGUUUACGACGACAGACCCUCGGAGGAAGGACAACAGAAUCCCGCCUGCGCUGGCCAUUGGUGUUUCAGUAGCACUCGGUUUAUUAUUUGCAAUUCCAUUCACUGGCGCCAGUAUGAAUCCUGCCCGGUCCUUUGGCCCAGCCUUAUCGGCAGGGAACUGGAGUAAUCACUGGCUGUACUGGAUAGCCCCGCUCCUAGCCGGCCUGAUUGCCAGCACGGUGUACCGUCGCCUCUUCGCCCCGGGCACUCUAAUCGCCGGCAGCAAGCCGGCCACCACGGCCAGACGACGACACCGGCAGCGGGUGGAGGAGGAAGCCGAAACGGGAAGCAUUCACGGAAACACCCUGGAAGAAGACGUCAGUGAGAGAGUGGCGCUGACUCCACCUCAUCACGCUGAUGAGAUCACCAACAAUGUGACGGGGUCGCACAUUAUCACUGAUGUUUAGCAACUGUCUUUAUGCUGCAUUUAGUAGGAUGGAUGGGUGGGGCUGGGUGGGUAG